UCUCUCCGCAAAUUUUGAUUUACAAAAGUAUUUGUAACCCAAUUUGUAUCUGCUAAGGAACAGAGCAUGCAGGAUUGAAUUUUGAGCAAAUGCCACGUUCCAGUAAAUCGCACCAAGAUCAAAGUUUUGAGAUGGGCAAUUUUUCAACAUUCGUAGGCAUCGAGGAUCACAUAGAAAGAUCAGUUACAGAUAGUGAAUUUUCUACAUUGAGCAUUAGAACAAUGGAAUUCAGCAGGACGAGCUCUGAAACUUCAAUAUCUUCCGAUACUAAUUAUGAAAAUUCUACCCCCGAAGAGUCACCGCAUUCUCUCCCCCUGGUCAGUAGGCCACAGACCCAAAGUCGAGGGGCAUUAGUAAAAUUGGGGAUCAAAAGGCAUACCCAAGUUCUAGAUCAUAAGUCAGAAGAUCAUGAAGCCAGUAAAUCAGGUCUUGAUAUCAUGAAAGAAAAAUUCUCAAAGCUGUUGUUGGGUGAGGAUAUGUCUGGGAGUGGAAAAGGGGUAUCCACUGCAGUUGCAAUCUCAAAUGCCAUUACAAAUCUCUAUGGUAUGUACUCUCUCUCACUCUCUACUGGGAGAGCCAGUCUUGGCGAUGCUAUCCACCGGUACAUAACUAAUUCAGAGCAGUUCUCCUCAGACUAUCUCUUAGACUGUCUUCAUAUAUCAUCAGAGCACGAAGCUCUCGAAUUGGCUGAUCGAUUCGAGGCAGCAAUCUAUGUAUGGAAACGAAAAUGUGCGCACAAUUCAAAAUCCUCGUGGGAUAUGGUCAAAGACUUGAUGGUGGAUGGAGAGAAGAUAGAAAUGCUGGUGAAGAGAACUGAAAGCCUAUUGUCAAACUUGAAGCUUAGGUUUCCUGAACUUUCUCAGACAACCUUGGACACGAGCAAAAUACAAUAUAACAAGGAUAUUGGACAAUCAAUACUGGAGAGCUACUCUAGAGUGUUGGAGAGUUUGGCAUUCAACAUUGUUGCAAGAAUAGAUGAUGUGCUUCGUGUUGAUGACUUGACAAGAAACCUUAACUCCUCAGAGCAUUCGCCAAUUAACAGAAGAGUUUCAAAUGUGGGUCAAUUUCAAUUAUCCUAAAUAUCCAUAAUUUGGUAGAGAUAUCUACUCAGAUGAGAACAAAUCAAACUGGAAAAUGAGAAGUUAUAAUCAACACUUCAUAGGAGUCCAUGACGCAACCAGAAGAUUUCUAGCAGUCAUUGAAUUGAUGACACAAUGAAAGGAGACAUGGGUCGUGCUAUCUCAUCACCAUGGUCAGUUCUUAACCUUUAUCCCUGACACAGAGAACCCAGAGUAUAGCAGUUGUAUUUCUAUAUAGAAGUUGUAGUACAUGACUACUGUGGGCUGUCUUCUCUUCCGAUUUCGAGUUCUAGUAAUGUGCAGAGAGGAAUCUACAUGAUCAUUGAUGGAUGUGCUCAUCGUCUUAGUGCACAAGAUACUAAAAUCCAUUAGUACCAAUCAGCUCUUCAAAAAUAUAUCAUAGCAUCAGUUAGAAGGAUACCAGAGCUCAUAUAAGAUACAAAUACAAGCACAUAUUUUGCAAACUCCUACCUACUGAAAUCUUCCUAGCAGAGAGUGAUACACGUGCGUAA